CCCAAGCAACGCUCCCGUUCCUCUUGCCGGGGGGAGACUGAGGGGAGGGAGCAGCCGCCGCCUCCUUUUCCCCUUCCUCUCUGCUUCCGUAGGGGAAGAUGGCGGCCGAGGAAGGGAAAGGGCAGCCCCGGUUGUCGCCACCCCCGGAGGAGAAGGGAUGCGCGGAAGACAGGGAGGAGGAGGAGGAGGAAGACGAGCGAGGAGCGGGACUCAAUGGCAUGGGUAUUGCUGUGAAAAUUGUAAGCCCCUGUCCAGAUGUGGAAAUAAUGAAGGAAGAAAUACAAAUCACAGAGGAAGAAACAGAGGAGCAAGAAUCUGUAAAAGAAAGUGACGUACUGGGUGCAUCAUCUGACUGUCUAAGAGCACAAGAGCAGAGGAAAUAUGCACUGAGCAAACCCAAGUUCUCCAGUACAGAGAAACAUGUUUCAAUUCAGAGGACGCUUGCUGAUCUAGAGAAACUGGCUGACUUGAAGGAUAGUUGCCUAAUCUCAACCGUUUCCCAAAAUGCAGACCAUCAAAUGGCAGCUGGCAAGAAGUCUUGUCCCCUAUGUCCGGAAGAGAAGUUCAGAUCCUGUUAUGGUCAUAAGCUGCAUCGGCACCUUCAGAAUCUCCACUGGAAAGUGUCUGUGGAAUUUGAAGGUUACAGGAUGUGUAUCUGUCACUUACCUUGUCGCCCCACGAAACCAAACAUUGCUGGAGACCAGGUAUCUACAAAGAUGGGAGCUCAUUAUCACUGUAUUAUCUGUUCAGCAAUGAUUACUCGAAGGACUGAUAUGAUAGGGCAUAUUAAACGCCAUGUGAAUAAAGGAGAAACCAAAUCCAGAUUUGUUCCAGCCCCUGCUCCAAAAUCUACCUGUGAAGUCUUGAAAGAAGCAGACACAGGUGUGCAAGUCCUUCCUAACUACUCUACACCACAGAAAACAGACUCCUAUUUUAAUCCCAAAAUGAAACUAAACAGGCAGCUCAUAGUCUGUGCCUUAGCCGUUUUAGUUGAGGAACGGAAACCUUUGGAAUGUCUGGAUGCAUUUGGAGCCACAGGCAUAAUGGGGUUACAAUGGGCAAAGCAUCUUGGAAAUUCUGUGAAGGUCACAAUUAAUGACUACAGUGAAAAUUCUGUGACAAUGAUAAGGGAGAACUGUCAAUUAAAUAAGAUGAAAGCAGUAGUGAACUUCAAGGAGGAGGAUGACUGUGAUGAAGCAGUGGAAGAAGGAGAAGAAAACUUGCCUACCAUUGAGGUGACAAAUAUGGAUGCUAAUGUCAUCAUGCACUUGAGAGCAUUUGAUUUUAUCCAUCUUGACCCAUUUGGAUCCUCUGUGAACUAUCUAGAUGCAGCUUUUAGAAAUGUAAGAAAUCUUGGAAUUGUGUCAGUGACGUCAACAGACACCAGUUCCCUCUAUUCAAAGGCCCAGCAUGUGGCACAACGGCACUACGGCUGCAACAUUGUCCGCACUGAGUACUACAGGGAACUGGCUGCUAGGAUGGUAGUUGCUGCUAUAGCAAGAGCUGCUGCUCGAUGUAACAAAGGCAUUGACGUUUUGUUUGCGGUGGCUCUUGAACAUUUUGUUCUAGUGGAGGUGAGAGUAUUGAGAGGACCUUCUCCUGCAGAUGACACUGUCAAGAAAAUUCGGUACUUAAUCCACUGUCAGUGGUGCGAAGAGAGAGUAUUCAAGAAAGAGGGAAACAUGGUAGAAGAAAACCCAUACCGACUGCUCCCAUGCGACUGCUACAGCCGUAUGACAGGCAAGACUGCCGUUGAACUUGGUCCUUUGUGGUCAGGAUCCCUCUUCAACACUGGAUUUCUCAGAAGAAUGUUGUUUGAAGCUGUUCAAUAUGGUUUAGAAGACAUCCAGACACUUCUAAAAACUCUAAUCUGUGAAGCAGAAUGCACAAUUUUCAAGCAGUUUUCCAUCCAUGGACCUAGUAGCCAGAACAAACAAGAAGAGUGUGGUGUGAUUAUUAGGACACCAGAUGCUGCAGCUGACUACUUCAUUGUACAUGGAAAAAGAAAAGGUAAUGAAAUUAGCCAAAAUGGAGCAAAGCGGCAGAAGCUAGAGAAUAAUGCCGAGCAUCCUGCCUUUUAUUAUAAUAUUCACAGACACAGCAUUAAAGGGAUGAAUAUGCCAAAGUUAAAUAAGUUCUUGCAUUACCUCUCUCAAGCUGGCUACCGAGUAAGCCGAACCCAUUUUGAUCCAAUGGGUGUUCGCACGAAUGCCCCUCUGGCACAGUUUAAAUCUAUCCUUGUGAAGUACAGCGCGCCUACAUAUACAGGAGGACAAAGUGAAAGCUCUCUGCAGACUUCUGAGGAUUCCCAGAUAGGGGCAGAAGGUGAUUUUGCAGAAGAAAGCAUUUAAAAUGAUACUUCUUGCAAAAAUUUCUUUAUUGAAUAUUUGUGUUGAGAGUUUAACUGAACCUAGUCUCUCUAGCUGCAGAAUUCUUGUUGUGAUUGCUCAACUAUUGUAACUGCUUAAGGAUAUUUUUGGAAAAACCUCUGAAUAGUCACAUGUUUCAAUUAGCAUCACAAUUCAUUCAUAUAUAUAUGAAGCACUGGGUCAACCAAUAAAGUGUUCCCUUUUGUCAAUA